AUGCUCCGCCGCCCCGCAACGACCCUCUCCAUCACCGCCGAGGACAUCGCAGCCUACGAAGACCGCCGCGCGCGCGAGGCCAUGCUCCGCGAGCGCCAGGCCCUGAUCCAGGCGCAGCAGCAGCAACAGCAGCAACGCAUCCUCCAACAGCAGCAACAACUACCAUCAUCGUCGCCGCAGCGCCAGCAGCAGCCGUACGACCCGGACAUCUCGGCCGAGGAGUACGCAGAGUACGAGGCGCACCAGGCCGAGCUGCUCAGGCGGCAGAGCGAGAUGAUGAGGGCGCAGCAGCAGCAGGCGCCGGUGCAGCGGCUGGGACAGCCGGGCCGGGGUGCGGCUGUGAUGCAGACGACGCCGACGCCGGGAGACGGGGGCCGUGGGGGCCGCACGAGGGAGGAUAGGAUCGGCGUCGGACGGCGCGGGAGGUGA